AAAGCACCGAGGCAGGCACCCUGCCGUGCGCGCACUCGACUCCUGCGCCCUCCGCAUGGCGACUUUACCCGCCGCUGACCGGAGGGCGUUUGCCCUGAAAAUCAACAGGUACUCCUCUGCAGAAGUAAGAAAGCAAUUUACUCUUCAACCAGGCUUUGCACAGUUCUGCCAGCGUAGCUUAAGUACUCCUGGCUUUUCUACUCUUCAUUUGACUUCCUUUUAUGAUGCAGUAGACCCAGUAGAUUUCGAAGGCUUUCUAAUGACACAGCUGAACAACCUGGACUCAGAAAUGGCGCAUGAACUUGGUGAUUUUCCUGAAGAUGACUUGGACAUUGUCUUUACACCCAAAGAAUGCAGGACUCUGCAGCCUUCUAUGCCAGAAGAUGGGGUUGAGCUGGAUUCGCAUGUACGAGACUGUGUUCAGACCUAUAUCCGGGACUGGCUGAUUGUGAAUAGAAAGAACCAAGGGAACUCAUACGUUUGCAGUUUGAAAAAUAAGGGAUCCCGAAAAGAUUUUCACAAGCAUCUGCAGAAACAAACAUUUGAAUCAGAAACUUCAGACUCUAGUGAAGCAAGCUUUCAGGCAGGGCCCAGGGCCGUGCACGUGCUCACUGAGGACACCUCCAAGACUGCCCCAGCUUCCUCUGACUUUGACCUGCGCAGCCUGCAGCCCGAUCCCCGCCUGGAAAACCUGCUGCGGCAUGUCAGCGCGGAGGAGUUUGAGAGGCAGAAUGAGGAAGCCCGACGAACCAACAGGCACGCCGAGCUCCUCGCCCUCUACCCGUCUGUGGAUGAGGAAGAUGCAGUGGAAAUACGCCCAGUGCCAGAUCGCCCAAAGGAACACCUGGGCAACAGGAUUCUGGUAAAGCUGCAGACUCUGAAGUUUGAUAUAGAGAUUGAGCCUUUGUUUGCAUGCAUAGCUCUCUAUGAUAUAAAAGAAAGGAAAAAGAUCUCUGAAAAUUUCCAUUGUGACCUGAACUCUGAUUCAUUAAGAGGAUUCUUGCGUUCUCAUACACCCUCCACUGACUUGUCUUCUCUGGCAAGAUCAGCAGUAUUUUCUGUCACUUAUCCCUCAUCAGAUAUUUACCUAGUAAUAAAGAUAGAAAAAGUGCUUCAGCAAGGAGAAAUUGGAGAUUGUGCAGAACCUUACAUGGUUCUUAAAGAAAAUGAAGCUGGCAAGACAAAAGAAAAGAUUGAAAAACUGAAAGCCCAAGCUGAAUGCUUUUGUCAACGACUAGGGAAAUACAGAAUGCCAUUUGCCUGGAUUCCCAUAAGUCUAACUAAUUUCUUCAACGUUUCCACACUUGAGCGAGAAGUAUCUGAGGCUGAAGGUUUGAAUGGGAAAGGAUCAACUAGUGAGAAGAGGGCAACACUAUUACAAGCAAGAAGACUCUCUGAGAGAAGUCUCAGCACUGAGGACAGUUAUCCAGUGUCAAACUUCAAAACUGUCUCCCUGACCCACAGUACCUUCUUUAAACAGGAAGGAGACAGGCUUAGUGAUGAAGAUCUCUUCAAAUUUUUAGCUGAUUUCAAAAGAUCAUCUUCCUUGCAGAGACGAAUUAAGACUUUACCAGGAACGCUUAAACUGGAGAUCUCUCCAGCUCCAGAAAACCUUGGUUACUGUCUGACACCGGAAUUACUACCAGUGAAGCCCUUUCCAGAAAAUCGCAGUCGUCCUCACAAAGAGAUUUUGGAAUUCCCAAUUAGAGAAGUGUAUGUUCCCCAUACUAUUUACAGAAAUCUCCUCUAUGUUUACCCCCAAAGGCUCAAUUUUGCUAACCGACCAGCUUCUGCAAGAAACAUUACCAUCAAGAUCCAGUUUAUGUGUGGUGAAGACCCAUCCUGUGCAAUGCCGGUAAUUUUUGGAAAAUCUUCAGGUCCAGAAUUUGUGCAAGAGAUAUAUACAGCUAUCACAUAUCAUAACAAGUGUCCUGACUUUUAUGAAGAAGUGAAAAUAAAACUGCCAGCAAAACUCACUGAGAAACACCAUCUAUUGUUCACGUUCUAUCAUAUCAGCUGCCAGCCAAAGCAAGGAGCAUCUGUGGAAACUCUCAUUGGAUAUUCAUGGCUGCCAAUUCUGUUAAAUGAUCGUCUUCAAACAGGACAUUAUUGUCUUCCUGUUGCAUUGGAUAAGCUGCCAUUCCACUAUUCAAUUCACUCUCCUGAGAAAGUUCCAUCACAGACACCACCUAUCAAAUGGGUUGAAGGACACAAAGGUGUUUUCAAUAUUGAAGUGCAAGCUGUUUCAUCUGUUCAUACCCAGGACAAUCACUUGGAGAAGUUCUUCACUCUGUGCCAUUCUCUGGAAAGUCAAGCGACCUUUCCCAUUCGACUAAUGGACCAGAAGAUCACUGAAGCUACACUGGAACACGAACUGAAACUCAGCAUUAUCUGUUUGAAUUCUUCACGACUGGAACCUCUUGUUCUAUUUUUACAUCUGGUACUGGAUAAACUUUUCCAGCUGGCUGUACAGCCUAUGGUCAUAGCUGGCCAGACAGCCAACUUUUCACAGUUUGCCUUUGAAUCUGUGGUUGCAAUAGUGAACAGUCUCCAUAACAGCAAAGACUUGAGCAAAGAUCAGCAUGGGAGGAACUGCCUCCUGGCAUCAUAUGUCUACUAUGUGUUUCGCCUGCCAGACCCCCAAAAGGAAGUGCCAAAACUAGGUGCAGGGGGCAGUGCUGCUCUGACGGAGUCUCGUUAUUACACAUUUGGGCGCACUUCUGCAAUGUCCGUCGGGAGUAAACUCCUGCAGAGCCGAGUGAUAAGCUGCAGCAAUCCUGACAUCACGGUUACACAGUCAGCUGCUGAUGAAGAGGUCAAAAACAUCAUGUCGUCCAAGCCUGCAGAUCACAGCUCCAGUCGGAUGUCGUUUUACAUUGAAGGAACAAAUGACACGCCAGGUGUAUGUGCAAACCCAAGACCAUCCAGUAAAAAGCAUUUCCAUGAGGAGCUGGCACUGCAGAUGGUGGUCAGCACGGGUAUGGUGAGAGAGGCUGUCUUCAAAUAUGCCUGGUUCUUCUUUGAGCUCCUGAUAAAGAGCAUGGCUCAGUAUGUUCACAGUAUAGAGAAGCAAGACGUACGAAGAAGCCGGUUCUCUGACCGUUUCAAAGAUGAUAUUACCGCUAUAGUUAACGUGGUUACUUCUGAGAUUGCUGCACUUCUAGUCAAACCCCAGAAGGAAAGUGAACAAGCAGAAAAAAUUAACAUCAGCCUGGCAUUUUUCCUGUAUGAUCUUCUUUCUUUAAUGGACCGAGGAUUUGUGUUUAAUCUCAUCAAACAUUACUGUAAUCAGCUCUCAAACAAGCUGAAUUCUCUUUCCACCCUGAUUUCCAUGAGACUGGAGUUCCUGAGAAUUCUCUGCAGCCAUGAGCAUUACCUGAAUCUAAACCUCUUCUUCAUGACCUCGGCCUCUACUCCAGCAUCUCCUUCACCCUCUUUGUCCUCACAGAACUCUAGCUCCUGCUCCAGCUUCCAGGACCAGAAAAUUGCUGGUAUGUUUGACCUCUCAUCAGAAUACCGUCAGCAGCACUUUCUGACUGGGUUACUCUUUACAGAGUUGGCAGCAGCACUGGACGCAGACUGUGAGGGGAUUAGUAAGGUGCAAAGAAAAGCAGUCAGUGCUAUCCUUAGCCUGCUGAGUUCCCAUGACCUAGACCCACGUUGUUCCAAAAAAGAGAUGAAGAUUAAAAUUGCUGCUCUCUACCUCCCUUUGGUUGGUAUAAUUUUGGAUUCACUGCCACAGCUCCAUGACUUUACAAUUUCAGAUGCCCGCAGCGGAAAGGGGCGCACAGGAAACCCAGAAGAAGAACAGGAAUCUGCAGGUGCAAUCAAUCAGAAUGUGGCACUUGCUAUUGCAGGGAAUCAGUUCAACCUCAGGAGCUCAGGAACAUCUUUGACAUCCUUGUCCUACAGACAGAGUGCCACAUUAGGUCCUGACACUACUCGCAACCUUCUGAUCUGUUUCCUCUGGAUCAUGAAAAAUGCUGAUCAGAAUCUAAUACAGAAAUGGAUUGCAGACCUUCCGUCCAUGCAGCUAAACAGGAUCUUAGACCUCCUUUUUGUUUGUGUUUCAUGCUUUGAAUACAAGGGCAAACAAAGUUCAGAUAAAGUUAGCAACCAAGCACUCCAGAAGUCCAGAGACGUUAAAGCCAGAUUAGAAGAGGCUUUGCUGAGAGGUGAAGGAGCCAGAGGAGAAAUGAUGAAGCGCUGCAGAAUACCAGCUGGGAAUGACAGGUCAGCAGGACUAAAUGAAAACCUGAGGUGGAGAAAGGAGCAGACUCACUGGCGGCAAGCAAAUGAGAGACAAGAUAAGACAAAAGCAGAGCUAGACCAAGAAGCUCUGGUCAGUGGAAACCUGGCAACUGAAGCUAACCUGAUCAUACUUGACAUGCAAGAGAACAUCAUCCAGGCAAGCUUUGCAGCAGAAUGCAGAGACAAUCUUUUGGGAGGAGUUUUGAAGGUCCUGGUAAAUUCUCUUGGCUGUGAUCAGAGUACCACUUACCUGACUCACUGCUUUGCUACACUCAGAGCACUCAUUUGUAAGUUUGGAGAUUUCCUGUUUGAAGAAGAGGUGGAACAGUGUGCUGACCUCUGUCAAAGAGUUCUCCAUCACUGCAGCAGCAGCAUAGACAUUACACGGACUCAAGCCUGUGCUACUCUUUAUCUCCUCAUGAGAUACAGCUUCAGCUCUACCAGUAAUUUUUCAAGAGUAAAGAUGCAGGUAACCAUGUCACUGGCUUCUUUGGUUGGCAAAUCACCCGAGUUUAAUGAGGAAUUCCUUCGACGAUCUUUACGAACUAUCCUGGCCUAUGCAGAGGAAGAUGCAGACAUGCAGGCAACUCCAUUUCCCCUUCAGGUAGAGGAGCUGCUGUGUAAUCUGAACAGCAUCCUGUCAGACACAGUGAAAAUGAGGGAAUUUCAGGAAGAUCCAGAAAUGCUCAUGGACCUUAUGUACAGAAUUGCCAAAGGGUACCAGACGUCACCCGACCUGAGACUGACUUGGCUGCAGAACAUGGCAGAGAAGCACACCAAAAGGAAGUGCUACACAGAAGCAGCUAUGUGCCUCGUCCACGCUGCUGCGCUGGUGGCAGAGUACCUCAGCAUGCUUGAAGAUCGCAGCUACCUCCCAGUGGGCAGCGUCAGCUUUCAGAACAUUUCAUCCAAUGUGCUGGAGGAAUCUGCUGUUUCAGAUGAUGUUUUGUCUCCGGAUGAAGAUGGUAUAUGUUCUGGGAGGUACUUCUCAGAAAGUGGCCUUGUAGGUUUACUAGAACAAGCAGCAGAACUCUUCAACACGGGAGGGUUGUAUGAAACUGUGAAUGAAGUGUACAAAAUUGUCAUCCCCAUACUGGAAGCACAUCGAGACUUCAGGAAGCUUACCUUGACACAUAGCAAGCUACAGAAGGCCUUUGACAGCAUUAUUAAUAAGGGACAAAAGCGAAUGUUUGGAACUUACUUCCGUGUUGGUUUCUAUGGAUCCAAAUUUGGUGACUUAGAUGAACAGGAAUUUGUUUACAAGGAGCCUGCAAUUACCAAACUUCCUGAGAUUUCUCACAGAUUAGAGGGAUUUUAUGGCCAGUGCUUUGGGGAAGAUAGUGUGGAAGUCAUUAAAGACUCUGCUCCUGUUGACAAAAGAAAGCUGGAUCCCAAUAAGGCAUACAUACAGAUUACUUUUGUGGAGCCGUAUUUCGAUGAAUAUGAGAUGAAAGACAGGGUAACUUACUUUGAAAAGAACUUCAACCUCUGUCGCUUCAUGUACACUACGCCUUUCACCAUGGAUGGGCGCCCUAGAGGAGAACUUAGUGAGCAAUACAAGAGGAACACCAUUUUGACCACAAUGCAUGCUUUCCCCUACAUCAAAACUAGAAUAAAUAUCAUCCAAAAAGAAGAGUUUAUUUUAACACCAAUUGAAGUUGCUAUUGAAGAUAUGCGGAAAAAAACACAAGAACUAACUGCAGCUACGAACCAAGAGCCACCAGAUGCUAAAAUGCUACAAAUGGUUUUGCAGGGCUCAGUUGGAGCCACUGUAAAUCAGGGACCACUAGAGGUAGCGCAAGUGUUCCUGGCUGAAAUUCCAGAAGACCCCAAACUUUAUCGACAUCACAACAAACUGAGGUUGUGCUUCAAAGAGUUUAUAAUGAGGUGUGGUGAAGCAGUGAAUAAAAACAAGCACCUUAUUACUGCUGACCAGCGGGAAUAUCAGCAAGAGCUCAAAAAGAACUAUGGGAAGCUAAAGGAGAACCUCAGGCCCAUGAUUGAGAGAAAGAUCCCAGAGCUGUACAGACCUGUAGUGAAAGUCAACAGCACAAGGGAAUCAUUUCGUAACCAGAGUUUCAGGAAGUAUGAUGCCCAGACUUCACAGAGCACCUAAGGACUAGCUGCUUCUGCCAAGGAAGAGCUUUGUGCCACAAGCCAGAAGCAUUCAACACCAGUGAAAUAAUAAAUCUCCUCAUACAGAACAGCAUGUGUGCUUUCUGGACAGCAUACAGAAAAGCAUUUACAUGUGAUCUCAGACUCCAAAUCAUCUGUAAAUCAUGAGGGCUUGGAAGAGAGGGGUUGCUUUUUAGAUGCUUUUGCAUUUGUAGUAAAAUAGUCAUGUAAUGCCAAGGAUGGAUGCCAUUGGAAGGGUCAGUGGCAUGACAGCAGUCACCACUGACAGACUCAGAACUCCGUGAGGGUUGGCUGAGGCGUUACAUGAAUCCAGACAAGAUGUCUACUGAGUGCUGAGGAAUGAUGUCUAUUUACUUUCCUUUUCCAAGACAGCAUUUAUCCUUGCUCACUUGGCGGGAAAGCACAUUCUGCAAGUCAAUCACAUGCUUAAAUGCUUUCUUAAUGGCAGGGGACAUAGGUACCUGCUCAGUGUCCACUGAGCUGGAGGUUUAGGUAGGAAAAAUUCCCUUGGGAGUUUCUGUCCACAGUUUCCAUCACAGUCUUUAACUGCAGAGAGUUCUAUACACAUUCUCUCACCAUAGCUCAAAAAGUAGGAAGUAGCAGCAAGGAAUUAUUUUUACAGAUUUUUAAAAAAAUGUUUAAAUUGUAGAGACAGCUACUUGACACACAGUUGGAUUUCUUAAUAAUUAAUGUCAUGUUUAGCAAAGCUAACAAGUAAUAGUUUAAAUAGAAGGCGCUAAGCUAUGUAAUUUUUGUGAUUUUUAUUUUGUAAUGCCAUUAUUUAAAUAACCUUUUUCAAAGUCAACUACAACAGCACACAGUGAGAAUUUCCUACAAUGUACUCAGGCUUUACUGCAUCUUUGGAGAAAUCAGCACGUAAUUUAUGAUGCCUAAUGCUUAGAAUUUUCUGAGCCCUGGACAAAUAUGUUACUAAAUAAUCUUUACAGCACUUCUCUGAAGUAAGGAAAUAUUACUGCUAUUUUGCAGAUGGGGAUAAGGAUGUUGGUACGCAACAAGAGCUCUUAAGACUUUAGAACUCAUUGAGUGAGGCCACAGCAGAGUCACAGUUUGCACUAUGUUUAUUGUGUAAUGCUCAUGUUCUGAAAUAAACAAAGCAAAACAAAACACAGAAAAUCCUAUGGGUUCUGUAAAAGUAAGGACAUGUUCCAUGUUGUGUGAUCCCGUGCCAUUGGUUUCCUUGAGUUGUAACAAUCCUCUGGAUAAUCAUCUGAGUCCUAAAGGCCUGUUUGCUCACAUUUUAGGAGCUGAGCUCAGCCAGCUGUCCACUCUAGCCCUCAGUUUGUAGCCCAUGUCAUCUCUUUGCAAAUGAAACGUGGUUUGUACGUUACUCUUGAGACAUGAACUAUAUGAAAUGUAUUAAACAUAGUAGUCACAAAUAA